AUGAGUUUGACUCUGUCUGUGGCCUCCUCCCUCUUUGCAAGAUUGCUGGGGAAGCCUCUUCCGGCAGGCAGCACCCCCCCCCUCCCCCUGGCUGGACCUGCCUUGGAAGCUUUGACUCAGGAAAGCUGAGUCUUGAGCAGCUGCUAAUCGAAGCUCACCUAUUACGGAGCUGCCUUAAGACUGGCGGUCCCUAACCUCUGUGUGUGUGUGUGUGUGUGUGUGUGUGUGUGUGUGUGUGUGUGUGUGUGUGUGUGUGUGUGUGUGUGUGUGUGUGCGCGCGCGCGCGCGCUCACUGCAGAACCGUAGUUGGGGAAUAUUUUCCAGUCUGGGAAACCCCCCUGAUGAGUUGCUUCUUAGAGAGAGGGGAGAGAGGGACACACAGAGAGACAGACAGACAGAGACACAGACAGAGACUGACUUCACCCGGGAAAGCUGGGCUUUGCCAUUUCAUAUAUACAGAGCCUAACCUGCUGCUUUGGGGUCUCCCACAGUUAGGAUAGAAAUCCUAUGAAUAGAUUCAAUGAGUAAGCAGAGCCCCAGAUUUAGGACUUGCUUGAUGCAUGCAUUUCUGUAGGAAACUGCUCUACUUCAGUCCAGACCUAGCUGCUGCCACCGCGGGAGGAGAUGGCGAGGAUGGGCAGAGGACACACAGAGCUGGGCAUGUAGCUACGGGGCUUUCAGGCAUCCAAAGCACUUUGCCCACGAGAUGCUUUUCUCUAGCUCACCUUUCUGGCCUCCCUUUCUCUCUCCCAAACCCCCUUCACCCACCUUUGAAACUGGGGGAGAGCACAGAGCUUUCUUUGGGGCACACAGAGAUACCAGGGUCUGAAGGCUCAAGGAAACCAGCUUGUUCUCUCCACUUUUCCCUUUGUCACUGGGGAAGAUGCCAAAUCAUUUGGGUUUUCUCUCACUGAUUUUAAAAAGCCUUCUAAUCCUGGUUUUGCCACUUACCAACUUCCUUUAGGCAAAGAGGGGAAGAGAUUGGAAUGUCAGCAUCUUUACCUAUAAAAUGGGGGAGAGGGUUGUGACCUUGGGCAAGUCAUUUAACUUCCUUAGGGCUCAUUUUCCUCAUCUAUGAAAUGAGGGGGUUGUACUGGGUGACCUCUGAGGUGCUUUGUAGCACCAGCUCUAUGAUCCCUUCCAGUUCUGAUGUUCUGUGACAUUUCAAAGAGGAAUUUAAUUAAACUGGCAUGUUGAAUAUCACCCCUAAGCCGACUUUAUUAAUCUAGACGGUUCUAGCACUUAGCUAAGGCACAGUAGGAACAUAUUUACUAGUUACUUCUUCCUUCCCUCAGUCUCCUGCUAUCUCUUUGAUUUGAAAAGGAACAAUUAUGUAGCUAGUGGGCACAGGAGAAAGCCUUCCUAAGCAGGAGGGGUCUCUUUUCUCCCCUAAUCCAACCCAGAGCUGAGCCAGUAGGUAACAACAAUUUACAAGACCGGAAGUCUACGAGCUAAUGCUUUGUAUGCAGGUGUUAAGCCAGGCUGGGAAGGGAAGGCCAGUUAUAUUAUGGGGCUGGAGAAUGAGUCUGGCCAUUCCCAUUUUGUUGCCAACCACAUCUAGCUGUCUGACUCUGAGUCCAGUCACCUCCCGCUUCUGGGCCUCUUGCCUCAUCUGCAAAGUGGACAUAUUCACGCUUGCCUUGCUCUACUUCACUUGAUUGGCCUAAGGAUCAGAUGCUAUUAGAAUUGUGAUGGUGCCGUCAAGCUGGACACUCUGCUUUCUGGUCCCUGUUUGAAAGUCACUCUCGGAUGCUGCCCAGUUCUGAGACCCUCAUUCAGUGGGGUUUUAAAAGAAGUCUUGAACUGUGAAUUGAGGCUUUGGGUGGAGACAAGAUGGCCUCACCAGCAGAUAGCUGUAUCCAGUUCACCCGCCAUGCCAGCGAUGUCCUCCUCAACUUGAAUCGCCUGCGGAGCCGAGAUAUCCUGACAGAUGUUGUCAUCGUGGUGAAUCGGGAACAGUUCCGAGCACACAAGACUGUUCUCAUGGCCUGCAGUGGCUUGUUCUACAGCAUCUUCACUGACCAGCUGAAAUGCAACCUAAAUGUGAUCAACCUCGACCCGGAAAUCAACCCCGAGGGCUUCUGCAUCCUUCUUGACUUCAUGUACACAUCCCGCUUGAACCUGCGCGAGGGGAACAUCAUGGCAGUGAUGGCCACAGCCAUGUAUCUGCAGAUGGAGCAUGUGGUGGACACCUGCCGGAAGUUCAUCAAGGCCAGUGAGGCGGAGAUAGUGUCUGCCGUAAAGCCUCCGAGGGACGAGUAUCUGGCCGGCCGGAUGCUGCUGCCCCCAGAAGUCAUGUAUCGGAGCCGCGAAAUGGCCGAUGGCAGCGGCCCCCUGCGCGGAGGUCCGCUCUGCGAUGGGCGAGGCUUCGCUCCCGGCCUCUACAACGGCUUGACCGCCUCACCGGCUUCCUACCCGGUGUACGGCCACCUCCCGGUGAACAGCUUCUUCGACGAGGAACUGAGGGAUGUCCGGAUGCCCAUGGCCGACCUGCCCAGGGCUAACCCCUACCCCAAGGAGCGCGUCCCCUCCUGCGACAACCCCCGGCCCCUGGCUGCCGAUUACAGCCGGGCCGUCAUGGAGGUCUCUGCCAACAUGUGCCACGCGAACAUCUACUCCCCUAAAGAAACUGCUCCCGAGGAGGUCCGCAGUGAGGUGCACUACAGCGUGACCGAGGCAGGCCCCAAGCCGGCCGCCCCGUCCGCGCGCAACAACGCCUACUUUGUCUGUGACAAACCUGGCAAGGAGGAGGAGAGGACCUCCUCCGAGGACGAGAUCAGCCUGCACUUCGAGCCCCCCAACGCGCCGCUCAACCGCAAGGGCCUGGUGAGCCCCCAGAGUCCCCAGAAGUCGGACUGUCAGCCCAACUCCCCCACGGAGUCCAGCAGCAGCAAGAACGCCUGCAUCCUUCAAGGGGCCGGCUCGCCCCCCGCCAAGAGCCCUACGGACCCCAAGGCGUGCAACUGGAAGAAGUACAAGUUCAUCGUCCUCAACUCCCUCAACCAGAACGCCAAGGCCGAUGGGGCCGAGCAGGCCGAGCUGGGCCGCCUCUCGCCUCGGGCCUACGUCCCCACGUCCACCUGCCAGCAGCCCUUGGAGCCGGAAAAUCUCAAUAUUCGCUCUCCGACCAAGCUGAGCGUGAGCGGGGAGGAUGCGACCGUGUCGCAGGCCAGCCGGCUCAACAACAUCGUCACCAGGAACCUAGCCGGCUCUCCCCGGAGCAGCACAGAGGGCCAUUCUCCGCUGUACCUGCCCUCGUCCAAGUGCCGCUCUUGUGGCUCCCAGUCCCCACAGCAUUCGGAGAUGUGCCUUCAUGCCGCGGGCACCACCUUUCCAGAGGAGAUGGGGGAGACCCAGUCUGAGUACUCCGACUCCAGCUGCGAAAAUGGAGCGUUCUUCUGCAACGAGUGUGAUUGCCGCUUCUCUGAGGAGGCGUCCCUCAAAAGACACACCCUGCAGACGCACAGCGACAAGCCUUACAAAUGUGACCGCUGCCAGGCCUCCUUUCGUUACAAGGGCAACCUCGCCAGCCACAAGACCGUCCACACGGGGGAAAAACCUUACCGAUGCAACAUCUGCGGCGCCCAAUUCAACCGACCAGCCAACCUAAAGACUCAUACUCGCAUUCACUCCGGAGAAAAGCCCUACAAGUGUGAAACGUGCGGAGCAAGAUUCGUCCAGGUGGCUCACCUGCGUGCUCACGUGCUCAUCCACACUGGUGAGAAGCCCUACCCGUGUGAAAUCUGCGGCACCCGUUUCCGGCACCUGCAGACCCUCAAAAGCCACUUGCGCAUCCACACGGGAGAAAAACCCUACCAUUGUGAGAAGUGUAACCUGCAUUUCCGCCACAAAAGCCAACUUCGGCUUCACCUGCGGCAGAAGCAUGGUGCCAUCACCAACACCAAGGUUCAGUACCGCGUCUCCGCCGGCGACCUGCCCCCGGAACUGCCCAAGGCUUGCUGAGAGCAUUGUGAAGGGGCCCCCUCUCUGGAAGUUAUCCAAAGGAUACUGUAACACUUUACAAAUGUUCAUCCCAUGAUGUAGUGCCUCUUCUCAUCCAUUUGUGCACAUCAUAAAGGGGGUUGGAGCUAGGGGGGAGGGGGGAGGGGGGACAGGGAAAGACAAAGGGGGAAGAAACAUGUAAAGCCUCCCACUCACCCAGUGACGUCACUUAAAAACAAACCAUCAUCAUCAUCAAAAGCUCAAUCUCCUAUGUGUUAGGGAAACUAUUAUUAUCAGUGAAAAAUGAAAAGAAAGGUCAUUUUACCCAUUACCCCAUGGGGGAGUGCACAGAAGCUUUGGAAUUUGACUUGACUCGUUCUGAAAAAUGAGGAAUGUAUAUGUUUUGUGGGAACAGAUGUUUCUUUUCUAUGUAAAUGUGCAUUCUUUUAAAAGAAGAGAAUUCAGUAUGUUAUAAAAGAGAGGGCUUUAAUUUUUUUAACCAAAGGUGAAGGAAUAUAUGGCAGAGUUGUAAAUAUAUAUAAAUAUAUAUAAUAAAUAUAUAUAAACCUCAAAAAAGAUAUAUUAAAAAUAAAACUGCAUUAAAGGCUCGAUUUUGUAUCUGCGGGCAGACACGGAUCUGAGAAUCUUUAUUGAGAUAGAGCCCUUACAAAAUAUUUUAAGUAUUGCAUCUGUGUAAGUAAGAAGAUAUUUUGUCUAAAACGCCUCAGUGUAUUUGUAUUUUUUUGCAAGUGAAGGUUUACAAUUUACAAAAGUGUGUAUUAAAACAAAACACAAAAAAAGCUGCAGAAGGAAAAAAAUGCGUCAUUUUGUUCUAGUUUUGAGUUUGUAUAUAUCCGUACAACGUGUACUCACGGUGCCUUUUCCAUGGAAGUUUUCAAUGUGUGGACUAGAUGAGCCCCCUUCCUUUUUGAGGCGCAGACAGACACAGGGACUUGAAGCUGGCACUCACUAAGCUCUGUUUGGGAAUGUUUGUCUUAUUACAUGCUGCGUCACGCUUGCAUUAUAUAGGUCCUCCGGAGACAGGGUUGGGCUGUGUCUAAACCGCAUCACUGCAUUGUAAAAUAUAGCUGUAUAAAACCAAGAAUAAAAUGAUGAAACGUGAA